AUGUCUCGUCAGUAUCAGAGGUUUCUUACAGAUGAAGAGGUGUCAGCUAUAAUAAAUGAAGCAAGUGAAGUUGAUGAAAUUGAUCCAGAAAAAGAUGAUAUAGUUGUGACAUACAAUAGUGACACAGCAAUUGAAAAUGUGUCAAGUUCAUGGAGUUCAUCUCCUGAUAAACAGCAUUACGCUGAAUACCCGGCCCUCGAAUACCCGGCCCCCGAAUACCCGGCCCCCGAAUACCCGGCCCCCGAAUACCCGGCCCCCGAAUACCCGGGCCCCGAAUACCCGGGCCCCGAAUACCCGGGCCCCGAAUACCCGGGCCCCGAAUACCCGGGCCCCGAAUACCCGGACCUCCAAUACCCGGACCUCCAAUACCCGGACCUCCAAUACCCGGACCUCCAAUACCCGGACCUCCAAUACCCGGACCUCCAAUACCCGGACCUCCAAUACCCGGACCUCCAAUACCCGGACCUCCAAUACCCGGACCUCCAAUACCCGGACCUCGAAUACCCGGACCUCGAAUACCCGGACCUCGAAUACCCGGACCUCGAAUACCCGGACCUCGAAUACCCGGACCUCGAAUACCCGGACCUCGAAUACCCGGACCUCGAAUACCCGGACCUCGAAUACCCGGACCUCGAAUACCCGGACCUCGAAUACCCGGACCUCGAAUACCCGGACCUCGAAUACCCGGACCUCGAAUACCCGGACCUCGAAUACCCGGAGCUCGAAUUCCACAUUUCUGAAAAUUUGAAUGUUGUUGGUUGA